UAUUGGAAAGGAAACAAUCAAAAGGCACAGGACAAGCAAAGCUUUCUAAUACGAAGGAAAAAGAUAGAAAGAGAAUCUACACGACCCGUGGUAUAUCUACACGUAUAUCUACACGAUGUAGAAACAUUUUUAAGAAGAUUCUUUGAUCUUCGUAAUUUGUUUUUCCUUUUUUUUUUUUGCUUUUUUUUUGCUUUUUUUUUGUUUCGUCUCGUUUUGUUUUCUUUUUUAGUGGAUACAUGGAAGUCGCACGACGAGAAAAAAAUCUGUCCUCAAUGCAGAAAGGAACUCGUACCGGCAUUGCAUACUCGCAGACACAAUUUGACAACAUCUCAUAUUGCAGCGACAUGUCUUCUGGGAAAGCGCACUUUUAUAUACCACAGAAAGUAGAACGCGAUCGGUCUGAAAAUGCAGUCAAGGAGCGCUCUUGGAUCUCCGGAAAGAAGUUAUCAUCAAGAAAGAUUUGGCCUUUUGGAAAUAGUAAACGAAAAAGGAGCGUUUUCUCGACUAGAGUGGAAACUUGGAAAUAUCAUGACAAGAGUUUAUUAUGUCCGGUGUGUAACGAGGAUGCUCUACCUAUAGUUUUCACAAAGAGACACAUGUUUUCGAGCUCGAGACUUGGUGCUACUUGCUUGUUAGGAUGUUGGCCAUUGUGUUUCGUACCUCUGAUGUUGAGUCGAGAGAGACAAGUGAGACUGGUAUGUCCGCUCUGCGGACAUAAUUACGGAAAUUACGCACAGGCGGAAAAUAAAAGCGAUGACCCGUGGUAUCCUCGUCGUGGACAGCGACGAUUAGUCGAAAUUACGAGCUCAAAGUUGGACCCUACCAAUGAACAGGGACAUGAACUUAAUCCAAACUCGGAAUUGGCUGUUUUAGCUUAUCAAGGAUUAUGGGAGUAGUAACCAAAGUCAAACUGGGUCCUUUUCAACAAACUCGAAACAAAAUUUCUGUUAGCCGUUAAAGAAAAAGGAUUAACUUUAUCGUCGUCUUGUACUUCACUCGAGAACGUUUAACGAUUCGAAACAGGUGCGGGAUGCUUCUGAACAAACAGAGAACGCCAAAAAGAGAAUAGAUAAGGAAGAAGAGGACGAAGACGAAGAAGAAGAGGAAGGAGGAAUCGAAAGAGGAGGAGGUGCAAGUGUUACGAAAGU